CGCAGUGCCCGACGCCCGUUCCUGGCGCUGGCGACCUCAUCUUGCUCACACCCCGCUCCCUCAACUCCGGGUUCCGCAGGGUUCGGGUGGGGUCAGACGGCGGCGACUGACAGCGACUGUGGGAGGCCGGCGCUGCGAGGGCGAUGACCAUGUCGGACAGCGGGGCAAGCCGCUUGCGGCGACAGCUGGAAUCCGGGGGAUUCGAGGCACGUCUGUACGUGAAGCAGCUGUCGCAGCAGUCGGACGGGGACCGUGACCUGCAAGAGCACCGACAGCGUGUGCAGGCGCUGGCGGAGGAGACGGCGCAGAACUUGAAGCGCAAUGUCUACCAGAACUACCGGCAGUUCAUCGAAACGGCGCGAGAGAUCUCCUACCUGGAGAGCGAAAUGUACCAGCUUAGCCAUCUGCUGACAGAGCAGAAAAGUAGUCUAGAGAGCAUCCCGUUGGCUCUGCUACCCGCCGCUGCUGCGGGGGCCGCCUCCGGCGAGGACGCAGCAAGCUCGGGGCCCCGGGACCGCCGCCGAGGCCAGGCCGGCUUCCUGCCUGGCCCAGCGGGUGCCCCGCGUGACAGCCCCACCACAGGUGAGGAGGGCAAGCAGCGCACCUUGACCACACUGCUGGAGAAGGUGGAGGGCUGCAGGCACCUGCUAGAGUCGCCUGGGCAGUACCUAGUGUACAACGGGGACCUGGUGGAGUAUGAGGCAGAUCACAUGGCGCAACUGCAGCGCGUGCACGGAUUCCUCAUGAAUGACUGUCUGCUGGUGGCUACCUGGCUGCCCCAGCGACGGGGCAUGUACCGCUACAACGCCUUGUACCAACUAGACGGCCUGGCUGUGGUCAAUGUCAAGGACAACCCACCCAUGAAAGACAUGUUUAAGUUGCUUAUGUUCCCCGAAAGCCGAAUUUUUCAGGCAGAAAAUGCCAAGAUCAAACGAGAGUGGCUGGAAGUACUGGAGGAAACCAAGAGGGCACUUAGUGAGAAGAAAAGGAGGGAACAGGAGGAGGCAGCAACCCCGCGAGGGUCCUCACAAGUGACUGCCAAGGCCAGCAACCCAUUUGAGGAUGAUGACGACGAAGAGCCAGCUGUUCCUGAGGUAGAGGAAGAGAAGGUGGACCUCUCAGUAGAGUGGAUCCAGGAGUUGCCAGAAGACCUGGAUGUCUGCAUUGCCCAGAGGGACUUUGAGGGCGCUGUUGAUCUUCUGGAUAAACUGAACCACUACCUAGAAGACAAGCCCAGCUCGCCACCUGUGAAGGAACUCAGGGCCAAAGUGGAUGAGCGGGUGAGGCAGCUCACUGAGGUGCUAGUGUUUGAACUCUCCCCAGAUCGAUCACUGAGAGGUGGCCCCAAGGCCACUCGCAGGGCAGUUUCUCAGCUUAUCCGACUGGGCCAGUGCACCAAGGCAUGUGAGCUGUUUCUGAGAAACAGGGCAGCAGCUGUGCACACUGCAAUACGGCAGCUCCGAAUCGAAGGAGCCACUCUCCUUUACAUUCACAAGCUCUGCCAUGUCUUCUUCACUAGUCUACUAGAGACUGCAAGAGAGUUCGAGAUAGACUUUGCAGGCACUGACAGUGGCUGCUACUCUGCCUUUGUGGUCUGGGCAAGGUCAGCUAUGGGCAUGUUUGUGGAUGCUUUCAGCAAGCAAGUGUUUGACAGCAAGGAGAGCCUCUCAACAGCCGCAGAGUGUGUGAAGGUGGCCAAAGAGCACUGCCAACAGCUGGGGGAGAUUGGCUUAGACCUCACCUUCAUCAUCCACGCACUACUGGUGAAAGACAUCCAGGGGGCCUUGCACAGUUACAAAGAGAUCAUCAUUGAAGCCACCAAACACCGCAACUCAGAAGAGAUGUGGAGGCGGAUGAAUCUGAUGACUCCUGAGGCCCUGAGCAAGCUCAAGGAAGAGAUGAGGAGUUGUGGGGUCAGUAACUUUGAGCAGUACACAGGUGAUGACUGCUGGGUGAACUUGAGCUACACGGUGGUUGCCUUCACCAAGCAAACCAUGGGCUUUCUGGAAGAGGCACUGAAGCUGUAUUUCCCGGAGCUGCACAUGGUGCUUCUGGAGAGCCUGGUGGAAAUCAUCCUGGUUGCUGUUCAGCAUGUGGAUUACAGUCUGCGGUGUGAGCAGGAUCCAGAGAAAAAGGCUUUUAUCAGGCAGAAUGCAUCCUUUCUGUACGAAACAGUCCUCCCUGUGGUGGAGAAGAGAUUUGAGGAAGGUGUGGGAAAACCUGCUAAGCAGCUCCAGGACCUGAGAAACACCUCUAGACUCAUGCGCGUGAACCCUGAGAGUACAACUUCAGUGGUCUAAUGGUUUGAGUCUGCUUGUGUGUAUAUACAUAUUGCUUAUGUUAUUUAUGUUGUUACAUUAGCAUACCCGUGAUAGUUUGAAACAGCUUAAAAAUUUUAAAUUGCCUUUUUAAAAAUGCAAAAUCAAAAGGAGAAAAAAACAUUAAUUUAAGUUCAAGUAAGGAAGAUAUAGGAAUUAUUGAAACAUACUAUCUAAGCUUUCCUGUUAAAUUAUGCUAAUUCUUUAAUUAAAAUAUGAUCCCACUGUAGUAUUAGUUUAUUUUUGAGUCAAACCAUACUUUCUCAUGCAAAAAAAGUCCAUAAAUGUACAUAUUAUGUUGUGAAGUUUCCCAGUUCACCAAAAUGUUGCUUUUCUUAAAGGGUACAGUGCCAUCUCAGAGCCUGCCUCAUAUAUUUGUUCUCCUCAAGCUGUAAUUGAAUAAUUUGGGAAAAAGAAAGGAGUUAGGAAAAUGUGUUUGAGGAUAAGUUUUAUUUUAAAGAAUUAUUUCUUGAAACUGUGUGUGGAUGUCACAUAUUCCCAUCCUUACAGAAUACAAGAGGAAGCUUUCAUGAAAACCAGGAGCUAGGACCAACAUGUAAUCCCAGUUACUGGAAAGGCUAAGACUAGUCAGGCAAUUUUGUGAGACCUUAUUUCAAAAGAAAACGGCUGGACAUAUGGUUCAGUAAUAGAGCACCCCUGAGUUCUAUCCCCAGUGCUAAGGAGUAAACAAAAACAGAAAAGUCUCCUCAACAAACAUUUCCAUAAUUUGAAUGACUGAUUAUUUUCAGUUGCUCAUUAGCAGCUUGAUACUGUUUGACUUGGAAGCAUCUACUUGGAAAUUGGAAAUGGUAAAGUGUUCCUUUCCACCCCAGCAUAUUUCUGAAAUGUAUAAAUUUCCAGCUGGAGCAUUCAUCCUUGUAAUAUUAAAUUUUUUAAAAAGUAAUAAAAACGGGACACAUUGAGGAACCUUGGCAGUGGCCAGUGACUUUCAGCCCUCCAGCCCUUCAGUGUAGCUUGUACAGUAGCUCAGUUUGCAGACAAAUAAAAAAAUUUCUAUGGAAAUCUAUAUGGAUUUCAGGGUCUGAAUGCCUGAGAAGUUGGGAAAAAAUGCAGAUGUUGGUGUUCUCAAGAAUGACUACUGGAGCAGAGAUUUUUUGGGGGUUCUUUCUGUAACAAAGUAUAAGAAUAGAGGUGAGACCAGUAUACCCAAAUCAUAGGGAAGAAGAUACUUUUCUGAAUCUCUAAUUGCUCCAUGCUGCAUUUCUUUCAUGAGACAGGAUCUUACUAUGUAAUUCUUGGUGGCCUUAAACUCAUUAUAUAGCCUUCUUGUCACAGUGAUCCUCUUCAGCCUCCUGAGUGCUGGGAUUAUAGGCAAGUGCCAUCAUGCCUGGCCCAUUUUCUUGUUUUAUUUUUAACUUUUAUUGCUUUGUGUUAAAAAGGACUUCAGAUUAUAAUGCUUAAUUCAUAUUGCUUAGUAAAACAGAAAUAAAUGUGAGCAUCCUGGGGUUUCUAAACUAUGCUUCCACUGUGUAUUAACAUGCUUCAUUAUUUGAAAGAAUUGUUUUUGCUGAGAUUUUUUUUCAUAGCAUCUUGUGAUUCUUUUCCUUAAGUGCCAUUUAUAAUGUCCAUGAUUUCUAAAGGUCCUUUAUAUUUAUUUCUAAAGGUCAUAGUAUUAAGACUGAAAAUUACAUGAAGCCUGAAAUGGAUUCUGAACAGUGACUCUGGGUUAUAAAGCUCUUUAAUUACUCAGAUGCCAGACUGACACUCUUCUUUUACCUGUCUUUCCCUCCCUACCCCGUAACUGGGAUUGAACCAUACUGGCAUGUACUUAACUACAUCCCUAUUUCUUAAAAUCUUGAGACAGGGUCUUACGGAUAUGCUAAUAAUCUCAGUUCUCUGGGAGGCUGAGGCAGGAAGACUGCAAGUGAAGGCCCAGCCUGGGCAAAAGUAGUGACUUAGUGAGAUCUUGUCUCAGAAAAUAAAAGGGCUGGGGAUGUAGCUCAGUACCAAAGCUCUUCAUUUAAUUCCCAGUACCACAAAAAAUAUAUAUAAAAUGUUGAAAGGUAUUAGGAAUUUGACUUUUUUUUCACAUAUCUAGGAUUUUCUGUAUGUCAUAACUGGAUAGCUUAGCUGAACAAAAACAGUUAUGCUUUUUAAAGAAUCACUGGAUACUUGAAUUUUAUAAAAUUUUGUUAUUAUUUUGUGCCAUUUACAGUUCCUAAUAUAUUGUAGAAAAUAUGAACUUUGUAAAUAUGGCACAGGGUCUGUAAAAUGAUAGUUCUGAAAGUUGCUCUUAAGGCAUGAAGUUGCAAAACCUUAAACAUGUUUUAUUCUCGGAUAUAUAAAUGGUUUUUUGUAAAACUGCCUGCUUUUUAAAACUGGAAGUACAGAAUUUUCCACUGUUAGCAUUUGUGUAUUCCUUAAUAAGAAUCGUAACGGAAGGAAGUAUGCUUUGGUGAAUCGAGCAGUGUAGGAAGCUGAUUAAAUCUGCCAGUUUUAUAAUGUACCUCUGUGCUGGACAUAAAAAGUUAACUCUGGAUUCCUGCAUGUGGGAUCAGAGCUCUUCUCUCUAGAACCUUGUCUCAUUAGGCUCCACAACAAGUUCUUAAAUUGAAUCCAGAAAUGUAGUACAUGCUGAAUACCACUUAGCAUUGAUUGUUUUCUUGUUUGCUUCAAGCAUACCUAUCACUUGAGCUUGGAUCACAGGCUUGAUUGGAUUAAUUACUGCUUGGAAAAAAGACACUGUGGAAUUAAAAAGUCUUUUUUGAUUAAAGCCUCAUUUCACUUACGUGCUAAAAACUUGAUUAUUUUUUGUUUAAAAUACUACCUGUGGUUUAAUUUUCAGUCUUAUAUCUCACAACUUGAUCUUUUUAUCUGUGAUUGGGAAUUUGGGACUUAAUAUGCAGUAUAAAAUCAGUAUGUACAUUUCACUUUUGAUAUCCUGUUAAAGGAACUCUGAAAUGUUUUAUAAAAUAAAGCUUGAAAAUGUUCUUACACUGGAUAAAAGUGAUACAUGAAUCUUCGUUAAUCAGGAUUUAAUAUUCUCAUGUUUUUGUUACUGUUUUUUAUUGUAUUUAUGUGGGAAGAAUAGAAAGCUGAUGGCUAAUUUCAGCAUUCUGGUUACUGUCAGAAUUGUGAAUAAAUCAGAUUUGUUUGCUUAGGAUUCCCUUGAGUGAGAAAUUCUACAUGUACAUAAUGUGUUUACCCUAAAAAAAAUAAAUUUUAUGCCAUUUGUAUAUCCCUAAAUAAAGGAAACAAUUCAGGAUGAAGGCCUCAAUACCAAGGAGUUAGGUGGUGGUGCACACUUGUAAACCCAGUACUGAGGAGGCUGAGGCAGAGGAUCGCCAUGAGUUUGAGGUCAGCUUGAACUGCAAUUAAACCUUCCCUCAAAAACACGAAGAAAAAAACAAAAAACCCAAGGAGCUAAAUGACAAGAAUCUGCAUUUUUUAAAGUAACGUGUAUAUACAGAGGAAAGGAAGCAGUAACAUAUACAGGUAUUGAGCAUUGUGCUUCACAAUGAGGGCAGGGAGGACAAAAUAAAACUAAGCUUGUUUUCUCUUAAAGUGCUUGAAUAUUGGGAAAAGUCAAAUAAAAACUAUAACUACUCAGCUAUGUAUAGCAAGAACACUGAGGAAGAGUAGGAUAAUUUGAGGAGUUUAUGACAUUCUCGUUAAAGUACUGGUCUGAAGUAGUGGUCCUUGAAGAAUGGACAAAACAGACCUACAAAGAGAGAGAAGAGAGUGCAGGAGCAAAGACUGCGGGUGAUGCAGGUGUCACAUGAAGAAACCUGCUGGAGGGGCCAGCAGAGCACACAGGAAAGGGGUACAGCGCAUGUUGCCUGAGAGGGCCUCAGUCUGUCCAGAGGUGUGAAGAGCCAAAGUCCCCACCUGCGCCAAACCUGCCGACAGUCCCUCCCAGAGGAAAGGCUCACUAAGAGUUUCAUGUGCAUUUCCCCCUAGAAACUGGGCUAUACCAUACAUGCAGUUCAAGAUCUUAUUACUCAGCAAUUUAGGAUUUUCAUGACUACAUCUCACAUCAAUACUAUACCUCACCUGUGCUUUUUCUGUGAGGAUUAUCUUCACAGUUGAUGGAUAAGUUAUAAUUUCUCAUUUUACAACUAUUUUGUUGACUAGGUUUUUGUGAUUACAAAAAAUUCCUGAAGCAGCUCCAUGCAUACAGGUAAGUGUGUGUACAUACGUAUGUCAAGUGAAUAUACAUGAAAGAUACAUGGCUACACAUUGUCCUGCCAAACUGUACUUUUAAAAUUCAGGUCAAAUUAAAGAUCAGAAGAGUUGUGCCAUUUUAUAUUCUCCCCAACAGUAUAAGGAAAUACUACUGUUACUUGUUUCUAUGAAUCAAAAAUAUUCACAAUAAAGGUAGCCCUAUUUUUACUAA